GCAGUCUGAAAUCUGAAAGUAUAAUUUAGUUAGCAUACGACGAUCGGAUGCAAUGACAUUUUCCUGUAACUAGUUCACAAAGGCUAAUGAGUUACACGCGUGCUAAUUUGAAGAAAAUCCAAAGAAACUCGAACAAAUUAAAAUUGCUUUGAUGUUGCUACUGGCUAUAUUCACUACAUCGGUUUGAAUAUAAGACAGUCCCUGCAGGACAUGAAACGAGUUUACCUACUUUAGACAGCAAAAUGAUAUUACAACAAUACGUAAAAAUACUGAUAUGCUCUGCUAUCUGUAUGAAUGCGACAUAAUUUAUAAAAACCUAGGUGGAAAUACCCGUUAUGAAUUGAUAAAUCAAAUCGGUUAAGAUAGCCGUUCGAAACGGGCCAGCCUUACUACAUUACUAUUUCAAUUGUUUUCAAAGAUAGCCAUGCAAAAACUAGUAGUUGUGAAAAAAUAUGCCGCCGGAUGCUGGAACUUCAUUCUAUAUAUUAUCCUGUUACUAUACGGCGGUAAUGAUGCAAAGAUGUCAAAUAAUACUGACCGGACAGUUUAUCAACAUUUUGCCAUGGAACCCCAGGAUCAAACUGCUAUUGUGGGUUCACGAGUCACACUACCAUGCAGAGUUGAAAACAAAUCCGGUCAAUUGCAAUGGACGAAGGAUGACUUCGGACUUGGCACGCUACGCAAUCUAAGCGGCUUCGAACGGUAUAUGAUGAUCGGUAGCGACGAAGAAGGAGACUAUUCACUUGAUAUCUCCCCAGUAAUGUUAGACGAUGACGCUAAAUAUCAAUGUCAGGUUGGUCCCGGUAAAGACGGUACACCCGGAAUUCGUUCGAGAUUCGCUAAAUUGUCUGUGCUGGUUCCUCCCGAAGCACCGAAAAUAGUGCAGGGUGAUUUCCUUAUGACUACGGAAGAUCGUGAAAUAGAGCUAGAGUGUGUAUCGGUGGGAGGAAAGCCGGCAGCUGAGAUAAUAUGGAUUGACGGGCAUGGUAAUGUGGUUACUGGUGGAAUCGAAUACGUAAGGGAACCCUUGCAGGAUGCAAGACGCUUUACAGCCAAAUCAAUCUUAAAACUUACACCGAAGAGAGAGUACCAUAAUACCACCUUCACUUGCCAGGCGCAAAAUACAGCUGACCGAUCCUACCGCUCUGUACGAUUACAAUUAGAAGUGAAAUAUGCACCAAAGGUGCGUAUUUUUGUUGUAGAUGGUGUAUUGAACAACGCACGCCUCACAGAAGGUACUGAACUACGAUUAUCGUGCAGAGCAGACGCAAAUCCACCUGAAUUAAAUUUCCAGUGGUUCGUCGGGGAUGAACUGGCAGAAGAAAACCAUGCAUCAGAACUAAUAAUUUCUAACGUAUCGCGUAAAUACCAUGACACCAUAAUUAGGUGUGUGGUUCAAAACGCCGUUGGUAAGAGUGAAGAGAGUGUAUCUUUAGAUAUAUGCUACGGUCCAACAUUCCGCGAGCUUCCAAAGUCUAUUGAAGCAGAUAUUGAUACAAAAGUAACUCUACAAUGUGACGUGGAUGGAAAUCCAACACCGGACAUUACUUGGCUACAUGAAUCCACAAAACAAAUAGUAGCGAGUGGUCCAAAUGUUACACUUGCCGUGACAUCGUCUACAGCCGGGAAAUACUUGUGCAAAGCAAGUGUACAAGGUUUUCCAAUUAUUGAAGCUGAGGCAACUGUCUUCUUACGGGGACCUCCUUUGAUCAGAUCGCCGAGACAACAGUACGGUACACUGAGUGACAGAGGGCAACUUGAAUGCAAAGCAUUCGCAGUUCCGCGACCAAAAUAUAUCAGUUGGUCAUUCAACGGAUAUGAGAUAAAUGCUUCUCAACCAGAACCGGGUGACUACACUGUCAUGGAAGACUUAUUAUCCGACGGUAUACGAUCGAUACUAAUUAUCGCAAGUUGCCUUCAAAAGCAUUUCGGAAGUUACAAUUGUACAGUCGCCAACGACUACGGCAUAGACUUUGUAGAAAUAGACUUCCUCUCUAAGGAAUCAAAAAAUGUGUCCGUUAUCUUUUUGGGCGCCAUCGGUGGUAUAACGUUUUUAAUCUUUGUUUUUGUAAUUGGUAUAUGCAUUUGUAGUCGUCGUAUUAAAAUGAAGCAUCUACCACCUGCUGAUGUUAUACCAAAGUAUGACGUACAAGAGAGAGAAUAUAUCCAUCAUCGAAACACCGCCGAUAACAGAAACGAUAUGCAAGAGGUAGACAGGGAAGCUAUGGCUGUUAAUUUGAAGUUUUCCAUACGAUCCAUUGAAUCUCCUUGCGCAGUUUCACAGACCUCUUCAUCUGUAGCUCCAAAGAUCGAUUCCUCGAAUUAUAGUUGUUCUAGUGAUAUGUCGAACUCUCUCAGCAUACUACAAUGCAAACCUAGUGAGAGUUCCAAUGGAUACAUGCCGUAUGUGCAUCAUUUACGUGAUUUAAAUUCAACAGUUCCACCACUUCUGCAGAGUUUUAAUACUAACAACGUUGAUAACUCUUCGGUAUUCGUACAGCAAUCUCCGACGGAUACAAUGACUAUUGUACGAAAUUUUGCUACAAGUGACAAUUGUGUCGAUAUGCCAAUCUUGCAAAACAUUAAGAGCAGUGUGUCAUCGAUUCCCCGCGUAUUAAUGAAUCACCCAGUAGCAGGGUGUCAUUUUGGAUUGGAAUCACGAUUUCUUAACGAUUUUAGUAACCACGGUCAAGGAGGUAGUGGUACUUUUUCUUCUCCACCAGCAACUGCAAAUCCGGCUGCUACACCUGCUCCUCCUCCAUACGCUACUAUUCGUAAUCAGACUUGUUUGCUGGCCCAAGGACUGCAAAGUCAGAAACCAUCCGAAUCAACAAUAACUGGUACUGACAAUGCGUUGUCCUCAGCGCUAAACAACCCUAGUAGUCCAACCUGCUCCCAAUCGGGUUCCAUCGCCAGCACGCAAAGCUCACAAGCCGCUCCUAUCAAUUUUGGUCAGCUUCAACCUCUUCAUAACUCAGGGCAGUUUAUCCUACCUAAUAUCGGCCCUACGAAACUCGGAGUACUGGCAACGCAUGUUUAAAUCAAUGCACUUACUCACAUCAAUGCAAAUUGAAAUAGAUGAUAAUAGCUGAUGUAAACCAUUAUUAGGUUUGAUAACAAUGGUCAUAGUCAAAGAAAGAUGACAUGUUAUUUCCUAAGAAUGGGCAGCAUAAAAGAGAGUAAAAGUUUGUCAAUUCGACGAAGAUUUCGUCAACCAGUAGGAUAGAUUAAUAUAGCUAACUUAAAAACUGAGCUUUACUUACAUGGACACCUCAACAACCGAGUUCUUAUGAACUUCUUAUCUCUUUUCAUACAUUACAAUACAUUUCUGGUGGAAUACAUUUUCUGGUAGUCAUGUAAUCUUUCAUCUUUCAAUUGUUUUUAUUUGUUUCAUUAUUUAUUUUUUGUAUUUUGAAUAUUUACACUACUGCUAACAUAUUCAGAAAACUACUGUAUUUUGAUUUAUCUUACAUGAGCAGAACCGAAGUAUCCAAAAUAGAUUGUGUAAUAUCCAUACAAUUCAGAUCUUAAAAAGAAAAGAUGUUUUUGAUUUGCUUCUUGUUCGUUAUAGAUACGAUAUUUUAUUUAUUUUAUUAGUAUCUACCAAAUGAAUCACUCAUUCCCCGUCGUUAAGGACAAUGUUGUGCCAUUAUUCGCUCUGAUGAUAAAAUGCUACGCAAGUUUAAGCAAUGUCGUAAGGUUCAGUUCAUUUUACAUAGAUAUUCAACUAAUGUCUUAUAUCCAACAAUUUUGUUUAACCUAACCUUUUUUGAAAAUCCAUUUUUAAAAUCUUUUUUUAUUUGAAAUUAGUCAAAUAAAAUUAUCGUUAAUUACAUCUGGAAUCUGGAAAGUGAUAAAAAUAUUCUUGCUGAAGGUAAGAGAAACAAAUCUACAUAGUCUUAAGUAGUUCUUUCAAAACAUCAAUUAAGUAGUUCUGUCUAACAUUAACAUUAAACAUUAAGUGAUUGAUUGAUUGAAGCGAAGUGAUUUUAGGAAAACGGUCAAUUUAAAAAAUUGUAGAUAUCUUUUUAACAAGAAAGAUAAUUAGUUGACUCUGCUAUAGUUUUUAUUCUACAAUUUAAAAAUAUCCUGAUAGCUGACGUUUAUCGUGGGUUAAAUUUUCGUGACUUAGAAUAAAAACCAAAACCUUCCGAAUUCUGAAACUGAAAAAACCAUAUCUCUGCAAUAGCAAGCAGCAAUUAAAACAACUCUGAAGUAUCCAGAACUUACACUGUGUGCAACAAUGUGUUGCGAUCGUUAUAGGAAUAAGCAGACGUAUAGGGGAAACUAAAGUACAACAGAACGUUAAAAUUGAUCAGCAACAAUUAAGUCAGCAGUAUGUUUUAAGUACGGAAAGCACAGCAUUUCUAAACAUACGACUUGCCCGUCUCAUAUAUGUUUAAAAAAACACAAGCAUUUCGUAUACAUGACCUAUCAGAUAAAGCAUUCCAAUGCAGAAAUAUGAAAAUUACAAAUAAAACAUUAAUAUACUUAUGACCUAUCGUAAAAUAUCAGUAUUCGAGUACAAUCCGAGGAUCUUUUCAUUUUCGUUGAAACUGCAAUAAAGUGUCAUUCAAGCAUUAGUUAGCAAAAUAUGUUUUGUAAAUUAAGCUAUCUGAACUGAACGAACAGAAAUUUAAAGUUAAUUUUCAAACACCUUUAGACAACGACACUAAUGAAAAGAAACAUCUUGAAAAUUUUAACAGUAAACAACAAUCCAACUAUGCGUGAAGUGAAACGUAGAU